GACAGGUCUGUGUGUGGGGCCAGAUGGCAUGCAAUGGUGAGACCAGCUUCUUGGUGGACUAUAGGUAGCUUGGGGUGUUUCCAGGGGCAGAGAAGCCCCAGGUGGCACCUUGCCUGUCCCCAAAGUCUGGAAGGUUCCAGGUGGCCGCUCCCCCUGGGCACCAGGUCAGCCAGCGCAGGGAUGGCUGGGAAGGAGAACAACUUCCCACCCCUGCCCCACUUCCUGCCACUCAAGCCCUGCUUCUACCAGGACAUUCCAGACGAGAUCCCCAUUGAGCACCAGGUGCUGGUCAAGAGGAUCUACCUCCUGUGGAUGUUUUACUGUAUCACUCUUGGGGUGAACCUGGUUGCCUGCCUGGCCUGGUGGAUCGCUGGCGGCUCCGGGGCCAACUUUGGCUUAGCUUUCCUCUGGCUACUGCUUUUUACCCCCUGCGGCUACAUGUGCUGGUUCCGACCAGCCUACAAGGCCUUCCGAGCCGACAGUUCCUUUAACUUCAUGGCGUUCUUUUUCAUCUGCGGAGCCCAGUUCAUCCUGGCCGUGAUCCAGGCCAUCGGCUUCUCAGGAUGGGGUGUGUGUGGCUGGCUGGUGGCUGUUGGAUUCUUCCAGGUCAAUGUUGGGGCUGCAGUGGUCAUGCUGAUCCCAGCCCUCAUGUUCACCCAGUCUGCUGUCAUGAUGGCGGUUGUAAUCAUGAGGGUGCACAGAAUUUACCGUGGGGCUGGUGGAAGCUUCCAGAAGGCACAGACAGAGUGGAACUCUGGUACCUGGAGGAAUCCACCCUCGAGGGAGGCCCAGUUCAGCAACUUCUCUGGGAACAGCCUACCUGAGUACCCCACAGUCCCCAACUACCCAUCCAGUGGCAGCCAGUGGCCAUAGGUAGCCAUCCAUGGUCAGGGUCACCUCUACCCUGUCCCCUCGUCCAUGUGGACCGUGGUCCUUGUCUCCAGGUCCCUGAGGCCCCCAUCCCCACUGAACCUGUAACAUCUGUGUGUGGGCCAUACCAGACCCCAGCUGGUGUCUUGCUCUGUCUCUGCCAUUACCAGGGCAGGAAAUCCUGGCCUGACCCCAGAGAGGCCACGUGCGUAGGGUCCAACCCUCGUGUUGCCCAGGCCUGUGAGGCUGAGCCUGGGAUGUGGACAGGAAUGGAUGGAAGCAGCACCUUGGUUGCCAUGGCCAUGAUGACAGCAUUCCUGGCUCCGCCACCCACCCUCCAUGGAAACAGGGACCCAGGAAGUCCCUCUUCACGUGCAACAAUGGUGACAGCCCGGCUGUCCCGUCCUAAAAGUAUCCUGCACACAGGCACACCUCUGGCUGCCCACCAAAGGGCCAGAAGCCCUUAGUGACCUGGCUAUCAUGAGGCUCCUCUUUCCUCACAGGCAACUGCAGGAAAGAUCCCACCUCAGCUGAGCAGCAGGCCAGGUUCCCCAGCCAGAGGAUGACUGGGACCUGAACCCAGGAACAGAUACGUGCCUUAGAGAGAACUCUCAACGGAAGCUACUUGCUCCCCAACCCUCCUGGGACACCAGAGGAGCCAGAGUGCAUCUUGGGGUACCCACCACACCUUCAAUGACGUUGGACCCCAGCGCUCCCCUUGUGACCUCCCAGUGCUACCAGCCAAGCUGCCAGAGUCCGUAGGUCUCUCCACAGGGCCUCGCCCUUACUGUGCCUCUUGUGUGCCAGUGUCUCACCAAACUGCCCAGGCACAGGCUGUGUCUACACCAGGACACCAGAGGCCACCAGGACAGAGUCAGGGCUUUGGGUGUAGUAUGGAUCCCUGCUGCAGACGGGCCUACUUUGAGUGAAGCAAUGCAAAGUUGCCUGGUGCCUGGUCUAGGGGGACACGUCCUCUGGCCACCUGCAGUUCCUCCCUGCCAACCCCGAGCAUGUGCACUUGCAUGCCGUGGUAGAUUUAAGUGAGAAUAUUCUGGAAAUAAAUCCUCUUUCUGCCGCAGAA